GGAGAGCGACCCCAGGCACCCGAGAGCCCCGAUGCCGGCCCACUUGCUGCAGGAGGAGAUGUCUAGCUCCUACACCACCACCACCACCACCACCAUCACAGAGCCUCCCGCCAGGAUCGCGCAGAAUGGAGAAGGCAACUCGGAGAAGCAUCUCCUGCACGCGGAGGAAGACAUCCGCCCUGAAAUGAAAGACGACAUCUACGACCCAAGUUACAAGGAUAAGGAGGGCCCGAGGCCCAAGCUGGAGUAUGUGUGGCGGAACAUCAUCCUUAUGUCUCUGCUACACUUGGGCGCCCUGUAUGGGAUCGUACUGAUCCCCACCUGCAAGGUCUACACCUGGCUCUGGGGGUUCUUCUACUACAUCAUCAGUGCCCUGGGAAUAACAGCAGGAGCCCACCGCCUGUGGAGUCACCGGAGCUACAAAGCUCGGCUGCCCCUGCGGGUCUUCUUGAUCAUCGCCAACACAAUGGCAUUCCAGAAUGAUGCUUAUGAAUGGGCCCGAGAUCACCGUGUUCACCACAAGUUUUCAGAAACAGAUGCUGACCCCCACAAUGCCCGGCGUGGCUUUUUCUUCUCCCAUGUGGGUUGGCUGCUUGUGCGCAAACACCCGGCUGUCAAAGAGAAGGGUGGUUUGCUAGACUUGUCUGACCUAAAAGCCGAGAAGCUGCUGAUGUUCCAGAGGAGGCAUUACAAGCCCGCUGUCCUGCUGAUGUGCUUCAUCCUGCCCACACUUGUGCCCUGGUAUUUCUGGGGUGAAACUUUCCAGCACAGCUUGUACGUUGCCACUUUCUUGCGGUACGCCAUCGUGCUCAAUGCCACCUGGCUGGUGAACAGUGCUGCCCACCUCUACGGAUAUCGCCCUUACGACAAGAACAUUAACCCGCGGGAGAACAUCCUGGUUUCACUGGGAGCUGUGGGUGAGGGCUUCCACAACUACCAUCACUCCUUUCCCUAUGACUACUCCACCAGUGAGUACCGCUGGCACAUCAACCUGACCACAUUCUUCAUCGAUUGCAUGGCUGCCCUCGGUCUGGCUUACGACCGGAAGAAAGUAUCCAAGGCGGCCGUCUUGGCCAAGAUUAAAAGAACUGGAGAUGGAAGCUACAAGAGUGGCUGAGUUUGGGGUCCUCCGUUCUCCUUUCCAAAAGCCAGCCAGGCAGAGUUUUAAUGUUCUUUUUAUUAACUACUGAAUAAUGCUACCAGAAUGCUAAAGAUGAUGAGGUUAACCCAUUCCAGUAUUCUUUUAAAAUUCGAAAGUAUUGAAAGCCAACAACUCUGCCUUCAUGAUGCUAAGCUGAUACUCUUCUUUCUUCUCUUUUCUUCCCUGUCUUCUAGACCCAUUGUCCUUUUCUUUGCUUUUUUCCUGUCACCUUCCUUUCUCUUCUCCCUCAUUGCCUCCCAGACAAGCAGCUGGUGAGGCAUUCAUUGAUGGGUGUCUAGCUUCUGAAGUCUAGACAACCUUUCUAUCAUCCAAAACUAGUGGUUUUGCCCCAGAUAACUCUUUCCUUGAGAUGUUCUGAGCUUCAAGGUAGGUGGCUCAAGCUAGAGAUUUGACAUCUUCUGGAAAGACCCCUAUUAGUUAUUUUCAUUUCAGACUUUUGCUAGAUGGAAUGGAAAAACAACUUUAUUUAGCACAAAGCUUCUAAAGCAGGUAAAUUGUCAGGGGAGAGAGUUAGCAUGCAUGGUACGUAAGGUGGGAAACAAAGCAAGAAGAAGCUCCUGAUGUGACCAGACAUACAGCUGCCUGCCUACUGCGGACAUUGAGCCCCACCACCCAGCAUGCUUCCUUUCUCUCCUGACUAUGAGUAGGGAAUGGCCAUGGAGCUUGGCAAUGCGAGACCACAGAAGCAAAUCUUAGGUCCCAGUAGACUCUAGGCUAGAGAUAAAGAAGAAGCAUUUAGUUUGUAAUACAAAUGAUCUUCAAUGGAGUUCUUUUUCCUUUAAUAACAGGAAAAUUUCUUAUUUCGUAUAUCAGAAAGUCUUGAGGUUGGUUGUUUCCAGAAUUGAUGAAUCCAGCAACUCAUGGAAUUAUCAAAAUUCUUUCAUCUUUCUGCUUUGCCAUCUGACCGUUGGGAUAUUGGUCAGCUCUACUCAGUAACAAAGUAGCUGCAGCAUUUCCAGACAUCCAAAAAAGGAAUGUAUUGGUGGUAUAAUGGUGAGCAUUCCAAAAAAGGAAGGAUUUUAGGAGGUAGGUCAAACAGAUACAUAUAUAUAUAUGUAUAUAUAUAUACAGAUAUACUUUGCUUAGAAUAUUAAAUAAUUCACUCAGAGUAUUUCCCUCUGAAAGAGGGAUGCUUGAAGAAGAGGACAGGGGAUGGAGAGGCUGAAGAACAGGGUCUGUGGCAGUUCCUGAGAGAUUAUUUUACAGAAGAAGGACUUUGAGAAUGCAUUGUCUGGGGAUUUGGAUUCAGAAGCUUACUAAGUAAAUUCCUGGGUGUCAUAAUAGGAAAGCUGGUUAUCCAAACAAGUUAGUUGUUAGGUUCAUUCAUUGACUCCCAUUUCUCCUUGGAAUAAAUAAAAACUAGAAGGCUUUUCGCCAUAG